AGCUGUGUUACACUUCAGUACACUCUAGUUGUGUUUAUUAUUUUUCGGGAGGAAGGAAACUAUUUGACAAAAGUAUCCCACAAUUCAGUUUGAUGAUGUGGUACAUUGUUAGGGAAGCCAUCUUGUGUCUCUGGAUUUUAUCUCAUUAAAUUUGUGUCAAAAUAACUUUGAGAAGUUGCUUAAAGUUUGUUGUUGGAUUAGAAUUCAGUAAAACAAGAGUGAUUCUGUGGGAUUAACUAGCUGACACAACUUACUUUAUUGUUUUGGGGGCUGAGCAUUGUGACACCAUUUACAGAAAAUAUGCCGUGUCGGAACUUGGAGGAGAGUGACGCAUCAAUGCGGCAACGUCUAGUCAAUAGCCUCAGUCAGAGUUUCCCGGGCAGUGCCCUCUCUAAAGCUCUUCAAUGUAUGAAUGAUGAUGAUGAUAUGAAAGAUCCACUGAGCUCAAGUUGUUUCGCAGAACUUCGGCUUGAUAAAGAAGUUCCCGACGAAGAUGACGAACUUACUAGUCUGUCAUGGCUGCAAGAUAGUAACUUGCUGAAAGACAUUAAUGCCGGCGAGGAUGAAGGCAUGAAGGAAAAUGGUGAUAUAAAACUUGAACCUGGUUAUGCUCAGACUCACCCAUCACAUGUGCCAUAUAACCCACAUAAACACAUAAAUAGUAAACCGCCAUACUCGUUCAGUUGUUUAAUAUUCAUGGCUCUUGAAGAGUCACCUACAAAAAUGCUUCCAGUGAAAGACAUUUAUCAGUGGAUUUUGAAUCAUUUCCCAUACUUCCAGAAUGCUCCAACCGGAUGGAAGAAUUCUGUGCGUCACAAUCUGUCGUUGAACAAGUGCUUUAAAAAGGUGGAUAAAGACAGAGGACAGACAAUAGGGAAAGGCUCAUUGUGGUGUGUAGAUCCAGACUACCGACCAAAUCUGCUGCAAGCUUUACGGAAGACCCCUUACCACCCCUAUCACCAGUUACAGAUGCUUGCCAAUCCUCCACCCUCACAACAUAGUCAUUAUCCAUUAUAUGGGUUGAAGCCCCAGCCAUUAGCACCAAGAAUUGGACCCAACUCUAUAUCGCCUCAUUUGUUCCCCUUUCUCAGUAGAAGAUUAGGACAGUCUCAUCUAGAUAUAGACAGUGAUAUUAAAGAUGUGGCACAGACCCUGGUGUCUCUGAAGAGUUGGAGUAAAGCGAAGGCUGACAAUGCAAGUUUUGCUCAGGGACUGAAGAGAAAGUUGGGAGAGAUGAAAAGCCCAAAGAAAACAAUUCCACGGGGACCAGUUAUAUGUACAGAUAGCCCGAGCGAGGACCACACAUAUAGUAUCACUCGUGUUGAAGCUGAUGAGGACGAAUAUAUCCCAGGUUCCCCAGGGUCUUCCAUUGAUGAUGAGUAUGAUUUUGGCUCUGAUGAUGACAUUGAUGACUUCAGUGAUGACGAUGUAAAUAAUCACAUUGAACGUCGGCAUAAUGGUGAUAAUUUAGAUAGUGAGGGAGAAAGUGGGGUAGAUGAAGUUGACGGAUGCAUUAGCAAUAAUAAUAAUGUUCGGACUCCAAAACGUGCUCGAUUAUUGGAAAACGCCAAACGUCAUCGAUUUGAAGAAACAAGUGAAGAGGAAAAGAAAAAGAUUGAGGAAGGAGCCGAUGCAUUAUUGAACUUAGCAGGAAUCUGUUUGUCACGUCAGCAUACAUACCGAGCGAUUAUUACGGAAAAACUUGACGGAACCAAAGAUUAUCCGGAAGAUAUAGAUGAUAGCAGCAACUGCUCGUCGUCAAGUUAAUGGUGCAAACUGUGAUUAGUGGUUCCUUGUUUUAACAGCUUAAUGCUACAUAUGAGAUUCAGAGUUAACUGAAAUUAUUGUUAUCAAUUAGGGGAAUUGUUACGAUUUAUAGCCGUUUUGUUGAUGGGUACAGAAAGCUAUCCAUAUGUUUAUUAUAAAAUGGCAUAUAUGAGGGGUAUACAUUUUCAGAUGUUUUUUGUGUAAAUAGAUGUGUUAAGCCAAGAAGGUGAUAAAUACAUUCCCUACCAAAGUAAGUCUUUGAAUUUAGGAACUUCUAACACAUUAUCAAUGUGUUGGAUCAUUUGAUGAAAAAUUAGAUUAUAAGGAAUUGAAAUGAAGUAUUUGUUCAUAAGAAUAUAUUUUUCAAGGCUAAACUUUGGUAGGUAGUGGUAUUAGUGGAACUGAGUGAUAGAGACACUUUAAAACAUAGCUAAAAAUCUUCCAUUUUCUGUAUUGUUGGUGUAGGAUAGAAAUUUUCAUGCUCUUUGUUGCUAUGGCAACAAAAAUAAUGUCUUCCUGGAUAAAUACAUGACCAGAUCUCAUUCUGUGAUGACGUUUUUGUCACCAGGUAAUGAUUUCCAGAACUUUUUGAAACAGUUGCAUUUCAAAUCAUGAACCGAAAGCCUCAGAAAUACAUGUUCAAGAUGCGUUAGAUAAUGUACACAAUCGACAAUGGGGUAAAAAAAAUAUUUAUUUGUAGAGAGUUUUGUCCAGUUAUAAUGGAAAAUGUACUUUCAUUUUUGAAAGAGGAAAUUAAAAGGGCACAUUAAAUGUAACCAGAAUUUUCUGUUGUUGAAGUAAAGCAAAGUGAGAUUAUUCCCAUUAUUGUUCUUCACCAAAAGCAACUUGCUUCAUGUAUAUCUGAGGACAGUUUGGAGUAAGGUGACAUCUCGCUCAUACAUGUGCCAAGCUUAAUAUUUUGUGUAUUGUGCUUUUAGUUUAUAUCAGGCUACCAAUUAUUGUAUGUUAAUAGAAAUUCCCUGAUUAUAAUUUUGUUCAUUAAAUAGUUUGCCUAGAUCUGAGGUCAACAUUUGAAUAGAAAAUGAUACCAAGUGGAUUUUUACGACAAAUCAAAUUUUUUGUUCAUAUUUAACUAGUCAAGAAAUAAUAUGGACAGCAGUAUUUACAGUUCAUACAUUGUGAAUCCUUAGGUGAAAAAAGUAGAAAAAAAUCAUUUUAAAAUUUAGAAAAUGUGCAAUUUUUCAUUUUACUGUUUUAUUGAAAUGUGUUCAAGAAUUAUUUUAUUGUUUUUUUUUUCGCCAUAAUUCAUUUAAUUUUCCUUAUAUAGAUGUAGGUAAUUUUUUCCUUUAAUGUGCCACUUGUUAAGAAUAUGUUUUAACUUGGACAUUAAGUCAAACAGGGUGCCCUAAACUGAAAGUGUUCACAUGUUCAAUGAUAUUCUACUCUGAUAUUUUACCUUAUCUUUUUAGCUGUUAGAUUAUUACCAUGAAAUGCAUACUUAUUAGAUGUGACCAGUAUUUCACAUCCCUGUCUCUGCCUUCUACCUGGGAAUCAACUUUAAACUUCCACAAAUAUUGUCAGAAAAAAUUCAAUGCGAAAAUCUGCCAUAAACAUUGUACAAGAAUUUAUAAGAAUAAAUGUAACUAAGUCACGGCAAACUUCUUUCAAAUGCAUUUAAAAGGUUCAGUUAACUGUAGAUUUUGAUGGGGAAAAAAGGUGUUGUUUGUAAAGCUCUUCAGAAUUUUUGACAGUUUCAAGUUCAACAUUUAUUUUGAAGUCAUUCCUUAUACUUAUAUAAGGAUUUCCAGUUGUCAGGUAGAAGUUAUUUAAUCAAGUUAUUUUUAUGUUCUUAAUUGAUUCGCAGAUAGGAGGCAGUGCUUGCUUGAUUGGAAAAUUUAUAUACAAAUGUUCCAGGUUUUAUCAAAAUCAAAUGAUAUUGUUUUCUACAUGAAAAGACUUCAUUUAACUACAGCAAGUAAGAUCCAGUGUUAUUGGAUGAAUAUGUUAGUGCUAUUUUUUUGUUCCAUUUUAUGUAGCCAUUGUCUUGUUUUUAUGCAGAUUUUAACAAAUAGUUUGAAUUUUGGAGUUGUCAAUCAAUUGAAUCAUCAAUUCAUUCCAGACUACUUUGUGUUUAUAAGAGGAUAACUUUUGACUAAUUUGCAUUGAAAGGGUAUGUAUAAAAUGGCCAUAAAGGGAGACAACUCUCUAGUGCUCAGGUGUGAUAGUUACUGAUGUACUAAAUUUUUUCGACAUGUAAAUACUUAAAAAUGUUUUCAGUGCUGUUUCAUUACCAUUUUUUUGUGGUCAUUUUUAUGUCAAGUUUUAAGAGCAGCAGAUUUCCAUACAAUUUUACCAAAAAAAUUUAAGUUAACAUUUAAUACCAUUGUUAGAGCAAAUAUUUACUGAAUUUGAAAUGCUCUGAAAAAUAAACAUUCAGCUUAAUGUCAUUUUGAUGUAUUACCAAAAUAGCAUUUUCAGAUAUUUUUUACUCGAGUUUACAUAAUUCUGAAAGCUGCUUGUACAAACUUGACAUUUCAUAUAGGACUUUUUUCAGUUUGUACAUGCACCACAUUUUGUUAUGUUGUCACUUUUUUGCUAGAAGAUAUUAACUUAAAUGACAGUUUUAUUCAAGUUAAUGACUUCCUGCACCAUGCACUGUUCUGUUGUUGACCAUUGGAAAAGUUUACAUCAUUCUUUCACUCAUUAUUGUUACUCAUUAAAGCUGUCAUUUCAUUAUUGUUAUACCAUUUCACAUCAUUCAAUACCAGGGUCAGGGAUUUUCAUUUUGUUUCAGUGUAUACAUUUUUCAUUUCGGUAAAAAUUGCCUGAAAUUAGCCAUAAAUCAUUUAAAUCUUAAUUAUAAAAAUGGGAAUAUAAAAUUGAAAGUUCACGAAAACUUUAAUCAGUCCAUUUUUUUUCCGGUAACAUAUAAAAUUCCUGGUUUAGAAUAAGUGUUUGGUUAAGAGUUAAUGAAAUUUUAUACAUGUAUGUAUAGACCAGUUUAAAAAACUAAAUGUUAGAAUCUGCUACUUGAAAUUUUUAAUGCACAUUAAAAUAAAAGCUGUUUAAUAUAGGUAAAGAUGUUUUUAAUUAUGUUGUAAAGAGACAGAAUGUACCUAUGUAUGGAACCAUCUCGGUAAGUCGAUGUUUCUCUUUAGUGUAAAAGCAUCCAACUAGAUUGAGUUGCUCAGAACAUUUACCUAAGGGUUGCUCGUCAAUUUUGUAUCAAAUGUUGAUGGAAAAAAAUCUAAAUACAGAUGAAGGUAUCUGUUCCACAAAUAGCUCAGUUGCGGGGAGCACAGAUUUAUGGAUCACAAGGUUGUGAGUUAAAUCACCGGGUGGGGCAUAUGUUCUCUGUGACGAUUUGAUAAGAAAUUAUGUCUGAAACCAUUCGUCGUCGUCUGCUUAUUCAUUUGGGGAAGUUGGCAAUUACUUGUGGAGAACAGGUUUGUAGUGGUACAUUAUCCAGGAACACUGGUUUGGUUAACUGCCCGUCUGUACAUAAUUGAAAUACUGUUGAAAAAUGGCAUUAAACUCGAAACAAAAAAACAAAUUUAAUGAGGUUUUUAUGUAGUAUAAUUCCAGAAUUAAGGCAGUGGAUAGACAGCUUAACCAGGUAAUUAAAAGUUUUAAGCAACUUUGUCCUAUUAAAGGCUUGGGUUGAAGAGUAUAAAAACUGGUUAAACAAGAGAUUAUUCUCCAAUGAGUUUUUCUUGUUGUGAUCGUUGUACAUUACUAUAGUGCUGAUAAAUUGCAUAUUCAUUUUUCAUAAGGUGUUGUAUGAAGAAGCAAUUAAGGCCCAUGUAUCAUCAUUGACAUUACAAAGAUAAGGUAUUUAUCUACACAGUCUUCCAUUUCUUGUACAUAAAUAAUGUUAAAUGUAGAAUUUAGGAUUUUCUCUGUGUACAAUCUAUGUUUUGUUCUUACAAACAUAUUGGUAAUAUCUCAAAAGAUGCAGUAGUUUCUAUGUUUUUAUUGCAACUGCAGGCAAACCUGCUUAGACUGGAAAUUAGAUGAUACAACAAAAACUGAUUUGCCUUACGGAAUCAAAAUUUGUAAACAUGUCAUGAUUGCUAAAAUAUUGUAUUCAGAAAAACAUGAAAUUCGUUUUGUUUAAGUUUAAUUAAAAUGAUAAUAAUAACAUUUGCCACCUGUUGUCUUGUUCCAGAAACUGCUUCACUUUUAAUUACCAAAACUGUUCUACCUUCCUGUUCCAACUGUACACAUGUAUAGAUACAGUGCAAUAUGAAUUUCUUGCUGUAAAAGAAUUGUGUUCAAAAUUUUGUCAUAAAAAUCAUGUGCUGGAAAUUACUAUAGAAGACAGUAGAACAUACAUGUAAUUCAGUCUGUUUUUGAUGAGAAUUACUGUUUGCUCCUUGGUUUCCAUCCAUUUGUUGAAGGAAUGGAAUUAAAAUUAUUUUGGUAUACAAUCGAACUAAAUUUUCAGAACCAUGAUCUGUAAAAGUAUCGGACAAAGUCAUAUACUUGUUCUGUAUACUGAAGGAAUGUGGGAAAUAUCGCUAAUUGGUAUUUCGAUGUAUUUUCUGCUCUCCUGGAGACCUCUCCAAUGUUCCAUUGUGCAAUAAUAACAUACUACACAGAAAACUUGUACAAUAUUACAAUAAACAACAUUACAACAGA